GUUCUGACUCCGAUUCGCGUUGACCGCGACAACCAUUUCUUUCGUCAUUAUUUAUUGAUUUCAUGGUUUCUUCAGUGGAUGAUACUCCGUUGGACUUUUUACCCGACGACAGUGAAGAUGACUUCGACUGGGAAGAAGUCGAAGUACCCCAAGCAGCACCACUAGGCGAACUUGAGCUCGACCUACAAGCAAAGCAACCCACGAAAGACCUCGAAAUUGUUCUUCAAAGUGCUCAAAAAAGGGAUUCAAUCAAGAAGAAGGGUAUCUCCCACUCAGAACGAAUAUUGAGGAUUGGCUGUCACAAAGUGCACACUGUCAGUCUGCUUGUGAAUGCGUCAAUCAGGAAUAGGUGGUUGAACGAUGACCUACUCCAUGCUCGACUUCUCUCUCUUACCCCUUUACCUCUUCAGAACUCUUUUGCAAUGAUACAUCCCUCUCGUGUCCCAGAGCAAGCCAUGCGCGGUCGAAUGUUUGAAGCCGCUGUCGGUCGACUUGUCGAAUGGUGGAGGUCAGAUUUCUUUGAGGUCCUGCCCCACGGACAUAUGCGCAAUCGUACCUUUGACAGUGUACAACAGAAGCUACUGGCUUAUGGAUACGGUGUCGGCUCGGAAAUAGAGGAUGAACAAGAUGGUGUUAUUGACAGAGAAUUGUUUGAAGAUAUACUAGACGACGAGAUUGAGGUCAUCAGAAGCGAAAAGAGUUUUAUGAAGCACGCCCUCAUGCAAGCUGGUUCUCGAGACACAAGCGCUCAACUGUUUACGGCCUUAUGUAGAGGCCUAGGUAUACCUUCACGGCUGGUAGUCAGCUUGCAGAGCGUGCCCUGGCAAGCUGGUGUAGGAAAGCCGAAACCCAAGUACCAAAAAAAGGAGAAAGGCAAGGCAAAGGCAACCGAGUCAGACACCACAACUUGCGCUACGAGUUCGAGAGUCGGAACCCCCUUGUCUGGUAUUGAAGGUACUCCAGUCGAGAAAAGCGAGAAAGCCAAAGGGAAGGAGAAGGCAAAACCUCAAAUCAAGCUGCGUAAAACCAAAAACAAAGUAAACGUGGCAAUCAAAACGAAGUCGAAGCGCAUUGACCCGCUUACGAGUCCUCCCGUUUUCUGGACUGAAGUAUUCUCCAAACCUGAUUCUCGUUGGAUUCCCGUCGAUCCUUUACGAGGUACUGUCAACAAACGCAACGUCUUUGACCCCUCCGCAGAAGGUCCUAAUCCUGAAAAUCGAUUGGUUUACGUUAUGGGUUUGGAGGAAGACGGAUAUGCACGAGAUUUAACGAGGCGAUAUGCUAAGAAUUUCGGUGCAAAAGUUGCCAAAGAGCAAGGUGGCAGCAGCGCCACCGGCGGUGGUGGAAGGGGAAGACAGCAGUGGUGGGCUUGUGUGGUGCAGAAUUACACUCGACCGUUCAGAUUACAUAGAGACGAUCUUGAGGAUGAAGAACUGGACAAUGCACAGCUUAUCGAAGGAAUGCCGACCACCAUCGGCGGGUUCAAAGAUCAUCCAUUAUACGUUCUACCUCGGCAUCUCAAACAAAACGAGACAAUUUACCCUCCGCCUCCAGAAACCAUAGAAUUGGGACGUUUUCGAGGAGAGCCUGUAUAUUCUCGAUCAUCAGUCGUCUCCCUCAAAACUGCCGAGAAUUGGUUAAGAAGCGAGGGACGUUCAAUUAAGGAAGGCGAGCAACCUACCAAACUUAUCAAGAUUAGAGCAAGUACUAUUAACCGACAACGGGAGAUAGAGCUGAUGAAAGAAGGUCUUCCUGAAGCUGGAAUGUCAACGUCCGUUGGUACAGACGUGAACGGCAAAGAUUCUGGAGAGGUCAUGCAGGGACUUUAUGCUCGAAGACAAACGGAACAAUUUGUACCGGAUCCAGUGGUCGACGGUAAAGUUCCGAAGAAUAGUUUUGGGAACAUAGAUCUCUAUGUUCCCUCUCUGCUACCGAAAGGUGCAGUCCAUAUACCUUUCAAGGGAGUGGCCAAAAUAGCGCGAAAGUUAGGGCUGGAUUACGCAGAAGCAGUAACUGGCUUUGAGUUCCGAAAACGGAGAGCCACUCCGAUUGUCGAGGGAGUGGUGGUUGCUGCUGAGAACGAAUCUGUUCUCCUUGAAGCCUUUUGGGAAGCGGAACAAGAUGCUGAGGAAAAGGCCAGAUUUAAGCGGGAAGAACGUGUCAUCAAACUGUGGACUAAGCUUGUGCACGGUCUGCGGAUACGUCAGAGACUUUUAGAGCAGUACGCGAAUAUGAAUGAAGGACAGCCUACAUCAUCCUCUACUCCCGCUGCCAAUGAAGGGGAUGAUGACAAAAAACAGGAAGUCGUGGUUUCAACGGAAGGCGGAGGUUUUCUUGUUGAAGCAGGCGAUGUGAUUGAAGAAUUCCAUCUGCCAAAGUACCAACGGAUCGAUGAAGACGGCCAAGCUAUCCAGGUCCCUUCUGCCAGCAAUCACAUCGAUGAUAACGACGAUAUGAACAUCGAGAGAUCGAGACUGGAUCUCAUACUGGAAACGAUGGAUAUAGACAAAGGUGACGAAACCAAUGCUUCGUCAUUGGCGACGACGUCCAAUUCCGGGUCCAUACAAGUCAUUAAAACGAUGCAAGAGCUAGCUGAAGAUGCUGCACGCGUAGUACCAAGCUCAAGCACGGAUAUAGUGGAGGAAAUCGAGUUGAAGUUACCGGGUCCUGUUGCAGUCUCAUAUACACCUCCGACAGACUCUAAUGAGAGGCCCAAACGGACAACCAGUGGUAGAAAUACCCCUUCCCGUAACAAGAAGACUGCCAAUGCUGGUCGAAGAACUUCAACGCGGAGUACGCGAAUAUCUUCCGGGAAGCGGAAGCGGAGCCCAGAAGAGGCCAGUAGUGAAGAGGACGACACACACUCAAAGCGUCCGAAACCAGCUACGGUUGUUCCUCUGAGCACGAGGGUUCUUCGUCCUCGUGCGAACAAACUUCAGAUUCAACCCGAGGAAGAGAUCUCGGAAAACGAGCUGUAACGUGGUCAUACUAAAGCGUAGUGUAGUAUAUUCAUAUGUAUCCGGACCUAAUAUCCCAU